AUGAAUGGCGUAAUUUGGAACAAGGUGCAGAAGAUUUUUGUACCAAUUUCAAGUAUACCGGCGUAUGCCAUGAUGCAACAAAAACGUUUCGAACAAAAUCGAGCAUUAGAAAAUCACAAUUUUCAAUUGCAGAAUUUGACCUUAACAUCUUUCGAGGAAUCAAGUUUCCUCGAAUUUUACGACAAUGAUACGAAAGUUACAGGACUCUAUGGUGAAUUAUGGACUCUGCUCUCUGAAUCGUUAAACUUUACAUUACAACCAGUAAGAUCAAAUGAAAACAGCUUGGGUACUUUAGAAGAAAACAAUACUUAUGAACAUGGAUUAUUAGGUAUACUUUUUCGCAAUGAAACUAUUGCUAUACCAAAAGUCGAAGUGUAUAGUUUACGACUUGUGGCUACUGAUUUUACAAUACCUUUAUGGAUAAACAGCUAUCGAACAUAUAUUCGCCGUGAGGAAGUACAAUAUAAUGACAUCACAUGGAUGGCAAAAGUGUUCUCUUGGAAAGUAUGGUGCAUUAUACUGAUUAUGCAUGUAAUACUAAGUAUCUGUGGUUUUUGGUCACAAAUCAUUCUCACACGGAUUGAGAAUAAAAGCAAAACCACAAACUUCGGCGAACAUUUCUUUUAUAAUUUUGGAAUGCUUUGCAAUCAAAAUUACAUUCCCGAGGUUCUUGAUGGAAGAUCAAAGAUAUUAGAAAUAUCUUUAGGUCUCUUUUGUUCUAUACUAUACAUGGCAUUUAAUGCUUUAUUAUUUAUUUAUAUAACAAAAAGUAUUAUUAUACCGCCAUUCGAUAAUCUUCCAUCUCUGAUAACUCAAACUACAUACAACGUUGUUAGUCUGGAGGGUUCUAUGGCAGAUAUCGCAUUUAAAAGCUCUAACGAAGAUUUUAUGAAAGUAAGAACGACAAAACGCAUCGUCAUUGCAUCAACAGUCGAAGAAAUGCUUGAAAUGGUAUGUUUAUCGAAAAAAAAAAAAUAUGCUGCAUUCCAAGGUCAAGAUACAUACAAAACAAGUAAAAAUAUAUGCCCUAUAACUCCGAUCGGAAAACGCUAUUUGAAAUUGUGGAUAGCUUCCGGCAUCGUAAAGAAUUUUAAGUACAAAAGAACCAUCGAUCUCGGAAUACUUAAAUUAAUGGAAGUUGGACUCUGGGAUGCACUAAAAGAUCAUUGGUUGGAACGGAAAUUUCAGGACAAUAGUAAUAUUAAGAUAAUGGAUGCAGUUGGAAUGGAUCAAGUUGUUUUAGUAAAUGCCGUAAUGUGUUGUGGAGCGAUAGUAGCUUUCAUUAUUCUCAUAAUCGAAAAAAUUGUGUAUACUUAUAAACUUAAGCAAUCCUGUUGUGCUGUGAGUGGAAUAAUUUGGUUAAAACAAAAACAGGAAUUUGUGCAGUUAUUCAGUAUACCACAAUUUGCCGUUCUUCAAGAAGAAAAUUUGGCUAAACAUCAUGCAGUAGAAAUACGCGAUAUGAAAAAUGAAGUAGUGAGAGCUGUGUAUUAUGAGGAAAAAAAUAUGGUAAUGUUUUAUGACAAUGAUACAAAAGUUACUGGUAUUUGCGGCGAUUUAUUGUAUCUUCUUGCGGAUUAUCUCAAUUUCACAUUUAUCCCGAUAAAAACGACCAAUCGAGAUUUUGGCGAAAAGCUAAAGAAUGGUAGCUGGACUGGCAUAAUUGGUACGCUAAUGCGAAAUGAAUCACAGAUACUUAUGAGAAGUGGAAUCUUUAUAAAUCGCAUGGAUAUCUUAGAUUAUACAUCGGCUCUUUGGAAAAGCCAAUUUCAUAUUUAUGUUCAACCGGAAUGGCUAUUUGAUAAUACAUGGGUAUUUACGUUAUUUUCACCGCUAACAUGGUAUUCUAUAGUGUUCCUGUAUAUUAUCCUAAGUUCUGUUGGUUAUUUUCUACAGAAAAUACCGAUAGACUACAAGUCCAAAAAAGAAGUUUCCAUAAAUUUUAGUCUAGGCGAUCAUUAUUUUUAUUCUUUCGCCAUGAUGUGCACAAAAGGUUACAUACCUGACUCUUUUUACCACAAGUUUAAGAUUUUGUCACUGUCAAAGAGUAUAUUCGCAUGGCUGGUAUUGUUAGCUUUUAGUUCCCAUCUCAUAUAUCGCAUGGCGAAUAGAGAAAUGACGCUGCCAUUUAAGGAUAUAGAUACUCUUUUUUCCAAUACAAAAAAGACCCUGCUAGCAUUCCGUGGUUCAAUCAUCUACUAUUAUCUUAAUAAUAGAUAUGGAAAAAACAUGCGUCUAUUUGCGCGUAUUCGAUUCAUAGACAUCGCGGAGGAUAUGCAUAAUAUAAUUUGCAACAACCCGAAGAAAUACGCAAUGUUCGAGAUCGAUGACCGAUUUAUGGCAUUGAAUAAAAAGAAUUGCCCGCUCAAAGCUGUAGGUAAUUACAACGAGACUUACAUAUCGUUUGGAGUGCAAAAGAAUUAUCCCUUCACAAAAACUAUAGAUUACGCACUUUCUAAAUUCAAUGAAGUCGGACUGAUAGACGCUCUUAAAGAUCGUUGGUUGGAUAUAAGAUUGGAGAAUAUAGAACCAUUACAGUUCAAGAUUAUCGACUUGUAUCAAGUUCAAUUAAUUUUCUUAAUACUCUGUUGGGGAACGCUUAUAUCAUUUAUGAUACUCGUUCUCGAAAACAUAAUAUAUUAUUACGACAUAAAAAACAUUCAGCAUAGACGUUCAUAA